AUGAUGGGUAGAGUAUCGGUUCUGGCGACCCUUACUGACCCGCUCAGUAGUGCUCGCGAGGUUUUGCAAGGAGCUGGUGAUGUCAAGGCUGCCAUGCGGGAGCGCUUGGAUGACUAUGAACGAGUGGUGAAUCAGUUCGAUAGUAAGCUCGUGUCAAUAUCCGAUCGGCGUAUCGAGCCCGAAGUGACGAAGCUGCUAAUACACUUCGACGAGAUAACUGCUCUCAUGAGAAAGUACACGGCCUCGCCAGGGGAUUCGCUGCUCUUGAGAGUGCGCAAGAAAACCGACAGGGCCAGGCUUCACAAGGAGCUUGCGGAGGAGCUCGAGUGCAUCGACAAGGACAUGCAGCGACAGCUGGCGACCAUUCAAGUCCUCGGAAUGAUGGAGUUAAGCGACCCGUUUCCCACAUUCUCGUUGGACGUUGGAAAUGCGGCAAGUCACGACGGUGUUUUUUCGUGGCAUAACCUCAAUUGGUGGAUGCUGUUGCUCCUGGUCGUACUUGUUCCAAUUGCGUUAAGCGUAUGCUGGAAGCACGGGGGAGGGGGAAGCUCGACGCGUCCUUCCGUCCCAGACAUGGCUGCAGCACCCGCUGCAGACAUGGCUGCAGCCCCAGCUGUAUUGCUAGCUCUGCCUGCGAGCUACGUGGAGCGCAAUUCUUUGAUAUCCGAAGUUGUUGGCAAUCUCACGGCCGCUAACGCGCCCCGAUCCCCGUAUGUGCUGCAAGGAAGUGGGGGAGCAGGGAAGACGGUUCUAGUAUCCGCUGUCGUUAGGAACGAGGAGGUCCGGAAGCGCUUCGGGCGGGGGAUUUUCUGGUUAGACGUGGGGCGUCAUGGCAACCUCAAGCUUCCUGCCCUCGUUGAACGGCUGGCGAGGGAGAUGGAUGUCGUCUCGGAGAAUAUGGAUGGCCUGGACGAUUGCGUACGCGAUAUCGCUUUCGCUGUUGCGAGGGACAACUCCGUACCUCGCCUCCUCAUUCUGGACGACGUAUGGCAUGAAGAAGUCGUGAACGCUCUACGACCCACGGGGCUCCAAAUCGUGGUUACAACCCGCCUCGCUUCGGUAGGACGCGGCAUGAUCGUUGGGGAUAUGGAAGACGGGGAGGCCCGUGAGCUGCUGAGGAAGAAGAGCGGGGCGGUGGCGCUUCCGGCGCCAGAGGCCAACCAAGUUGCCCGGGAUUGCGGGUGUCAUCCACUGACUCUCGCGAUAGCGGGAUCGCUCAGGUGCGUCAGGGAAGCCCCAGACUCCGCCCUGGCGUGGCGCGAGCUUCACUCAGAGAUAGGAAGAAUCAAGCGAAGUCGUCGGGGCCUCCAGAUGACCACUGACUCCGACGAGGAGCCGUCACAAUCGCCGCUGUUCCCCGUUCUGCGCCUGAGCUUCGAGCGACUUAGGGUGCAAGAGCAGGACUCAUUCCUCAGCCUUGUUGUUCUCGCCCGUGGAGUUCCUGCACCUGUUGCAAUGCUGGCCAACCUCUGGGACAAGGACAUGAAGGGUGCCAAGAAAGAAGCAAGCGCCUUCGUAGGGCGCUCACUUUUGAUUGAGGAGCGGGAAGCCUUUGUUGUUCACGACCUGCUGUUGGACUUCAUUGACGUCAUGUGCCAACACGAGAGCGGCGUGGUUCAGCGGGCAGUUAUGCGCCAAACGCACUACCUGAGCAGACUCCCUGUGGUCUGGCGUUACUGCCGUAAGGGAGAGUCCCUCGAAGGUAUGUAUUCCCUGAUCUCCCUGUGGCGGCCAGUCAUGAAGCUUUCUGGUAACGAGAAGCUAGACGUGGAAGCCUACGAGAACAGCCUGCGGGAAUUGGGCGAGGAGCAUGAGCCAAUAGACGUGGCCAAUGCCUGCAUGAUGAUCGGCGACGUGUUCUUACUCCAGGUGCGUUCAACGUGGGCUAUGGGCGAGUAUGCCGAGGCUGGGCGACUCCAUGAGCAGUCACAGACCGUGCGAGAAGAGGUCCCGGACGUGGGUGAUCCUGAUGUUGACGUAUCGCUCAGCAACGUCGCCACGUUGUUGUACCAGGAGGUGGAGGGUUGGGAAGGAGACGAUCUGCAGAGAGAAGCCGUUACAAGCGACCAGGUCGUUAGUGGCUCAGAACAUCCAGGGUUGGCUCUAGACUUAAACAGUCGGGCGGAGACGUUGAUAACGCAGGGCAAGUUUGCUGCGGCCGAGCCACUGUUGGAGCAGUCGCACGCUUUACAAGAAAAGGCCCUGGGCCCGGAGCACCCUGAGGCGGCCGUGUCGCUCAACAGACGGGCGGAGCUGCUGAGUGCGCAGGGCAACUACGAAGAGGCUGAGCCACUAUACAAGCGCUCAAUGGCCAUUAAUGACAAGGUUUACGGUCCUUCCCACCCAAAGGUUGCUGCAGAUUUCCACAGCUUGGCAGUUUUGUUGCAUCGGCAGGGCAAGUAUGCUGAGGCCGGCCCGUAUUACGUUCGAGCUAUUGACAUCGUGGAGAAGACUCUGGGCAUGGACCACCCAAAUCUUGCUCGAAUGCUUAACAGCCGGGCGGCGUUGUUGGAUCACCAGAACUACGGGACGUAUUCAUCUGCAAGUCAUGCGUCCUGCGUCGUGCGCGCCUGUCCACGAGAGAGAGGGACCACGGUACGUGUCGGAGCGGCGGGUUGAACUACUUCAAUCAAUGAAGCGCCACUUUUCAGCGACACUUGCGAGAUUUGCGUGAGCACUCCACUGGUUCGGUCUCCACUCUAAGCACAAUGACCCGCGCAUCCACCAACCGUGGAAACCGGAGGACAACCACCACUCCCGCGUAUGGAUGUGUUCUCUCAAGGUUAUCGGUGGUGGGACAAA